AUGGAUCCAUCUGAUGAAUCUUCAGGUAAUAUACGAGUGGUUUGUCGCUUUCGGCCACUCAACGAAAAAGAGAAACUCAUCGAAGAGUCAGUUUGUGUGACUUUUGACCCAGAUAAUCGAACUGUCGCUAUAAAAUCCGAAGGAGAGCCGCAAAGGUUUUCAUAUGAUUACGUAUUUAACCCUUCAACUCCUCAAGCUCAAAUCUACCAAAUCGGUGCAAGACCUAUUAUAGACGCUAUCAUGCAAGGAUUCAAUGGAACCGUCUUUGCUUAUGGGCAGACUUCUUCAGGAAAAACUUUUACUAUGACAGGAGUUUUGGGCGAUAAGAAUUUGAUGGGCAUCAUUCCAAGAAUGGUUGGCGACGUCUUUUCAAAGAUCCUUAAUUCAGAUUCCCAUAUCGAGUUUUCAGUGAAAGUCGGCUAUUGCGAAAUUUAUAUGGAAAAAAUCAAAGAUCUCCUUGAACCGUCUAAGAAUAACUUAAAAAUUCACGAAGAUAAAAUAAGAGGAGUUUUUAUUGAGGACUUGACUGAAAGGUAUGUGUCAAGUGAAGAAGAAGUUUUUGAGCUGAUGAAUAUUGGUACAAGCAAUAGAGAAGUGGGGUACACACAUAUGAACGCUGGAUCAUCAAGGUCGCAUUCUAUAUUUUGUGUGACUUUAUCUCAGACAAAUUCUUUAGAUUUUUCAACAAAAACUGGGAAAUUGUAUUUAGUGGAUUUGGCUGGGUCUGAGAAAGUUGGAAAAACGGGGGCUGAAGGAAAGAGAUUAGAAGAAGCUAAAAAUAUCAAUAAAAGCUUGACUGCCCUGGGACAGGUCAUAAAUGCAUUAACUGAUGGGAAAAGCUCUCAUGUGCCUUAUCGAGAUUCAAAGCUAACGAGAGUGCUGCAGGAUUCGCUUGGUGGGAAUUCAAAAACUGCGUUAAUUAUUACAUGUUCGCCGUCUGCUUAUAAUGAAGCAGAGACGGUUAGUACACUACGUUUUGGAAUCAGAGCAAAGUCGAUUAAAAAUAAAGCAAAAGUUAAUAAAGAGUAUACUGUUGCAGAAUUAAAGCUUAUGCUGGCUAAGGCUAAAGAGGAUAUUCAUAUGAGAGAUAAAAAAAUUGAGAUGCUUGAGCAAAAAUUAGGGAAACCUUUUGUUUAUGAAGAGGCAGACACAAAAUGUGACUCAAAAGAAGAGUCAUAUACAAAGUCUGAUUCGAAAGAAGACUUUAAGGAAGACACUAACGCUCCUAUUUAAGAGUGAACAAAUCAAUAAGAAGAGUAUGAUUUUUGGGAAAAUUAGCCCCCUGAAAUAAAGAAAGUUUUAAAUAUAUUCUUUAAAAAAUAUUUUUAUAUAUAAUAAGAACUUUUAUAUAUAAUAAGAGAUUUUAUAAUGAGAUCUCUAGCUAAUUAUAUUAAAUUUUUUAAAUUUUCUGCAUUUUUUAAACACAAAUAUUUUUUAAUUAAAGUAGUUUUUUUCAAAUAUUUGCAAAUUAACUAUAAUGUUUAUAUAAAAUUAAAUAGAAGCGACAAAAUUUUAAAAAAUUAGGAAGAGUAAGGAAGAAAGUGAAGUAGAAAUUUCAAAAGUUUCUGUUUUAGAUGAUAUUGUCAUAGAGCUAGAAGAAGCCAGAACCAGAUUGACUAAUGAAGUAGAAAAAAAUAUGAAAUUAAGAGCUAUCAUUGCUGAAAAUCAAAAGGAAAUUGAAGAACUUAGAGGGGAUUAUACAAACACGAAUUAAAUUUAACACAAGAGUUAGGUUUUGAAAAUUUUUUUAAUAAAAAUUAACUAUAUCAUUCUUAAUAUACCAUCAUUAUAAUCAUCAUAAUGAAGUAUAUAAUUUUUUGAGGCUCGUUUUGGCUUUUGAGAGAUACGGGAUGUCCAUAAAAUGAAGAUACAAUAUUUAAUUAAAAGAAAAGAGUUAGUAUCUCUUAUAAAUAAGAAAAACAUCAUGUCCUUCAGGUAACUCAUAAUAAGGAGCAAAAAAACCAUUAAAUUUGACUGUAAAAAAUUUUUUUUUAUAUCACAAAAUAGAAGAUUCUAGAUCUCCACAAAAAUGGAAACAGUUGAGUCCUUAAUAAAAAAGACCUAGUAACUAACUCCCCCCCUCCGUGAGUGAACAAAAAAUUUUGUUCACUCACGAAGGGGGGUUAAUUUUUUUUUUAAAAAAUUUUAUAUAGAUUUUAUAAAAAAUUUUUUUUUUCUUCGAAAUUUAAAAAAACCCUAAUUCGCAAAAUUUUGAAAGCAAAUAUUAAUUUAAUUUAUAAAAUUUAUGUUUUAAAAAAGCAAUUCGUUUAAAAUUAAACAGAAUUAGCUCUAGAUUUCAUUAUACUAAUUAUCAUUUAUAUAUAAACUUUUUUUCCAUAAAAAAUUUUUCUAUUAAAAAAAAAUUUUUUUUCACUCACGGAAGGUGGGUUUUUGGGCAAAAAAUAGGGAUUUUUCUAAUGGUUUUGUUCACUCACGGAGGGGGGGGAGUAAGCAAAAUAGACGAUACCAGCAAUUCAUCAAUGCAACCUAACGGUCUAGAUAAUUUGCGAGAGUCUAAUGAAAAUAAAAAAAUUUCGAUAAACGCUUGCUUCAAUAAAAAACGGAAUUGUUAUGUUUAUAAGUCAAAGUUCAGCCAGUUAAAUAAAAACGAAAUCCAUCUCUUUUUCUCAAGAGAUAACGGUUUAUUAGGUGCUGCAAAAACUCGCUUAAAAAGACCGUUAUAUUUGCGCAAAAAUUAAUAUAAUUUCUGCACCGAUUUGCGUUGCAACACACAUUAAUAUAGUGAAACGAUGCUUUAUUUUGAGCCUUAUUUAUAUCAGAUUUUAUGUCUUAUAUAAGAGAAUUCAAUAUGAUCUAAUAUUUCGAAACUAUCAGCUCAUGAAAAUGCGAAAUCGUUUUGCUCAGCGAAAAAAACAUUAAACAGAGUUCCUUAAAAAAGAAAAUUUAUUUUUUUAAGAAAAAUAAUUAAAAUUUUGUUAUUAAAUACUUUUAAUAAUAAAAUGGCAUUCGGUUCGAGAGAAAUUAGCUUUGCUAAUUUUCUCUCCCUCAUGGAAUUUUAUUAUUAGGGUUAGGUUUUCACUCGCGAACUUCUGGACAGCAACAGCGGUUUAACUUUGGGGAUAACCAAAGGAACCACUCCUCAGUCCACUCAAGAUCUCGGGCUUUUACCUCUCAGCACAUCCCCACGGGAGGAUGACCCUUAGGCGGAACACGCGCAGGAGCUGAGUCGAGCGACAAGGGCGACGGCAACGUGCCGGGUGAGACGUGCAGCAAGGCCGGUGAAGCAGGAGUUGAUAGAAGGCUUGGACGGGGCUGACCCGAACCAAGAUGGCUCGCCUACGUCAUCAGUUUUGCCAUAGGCCCUUUUGGGCUGCGGCACUAGACACCUUAAACACCAGAUAAUUAAGUAAGUAAGUUAUUAAAUACUUUUAGAGCAAGCUUUGCUUAUUUAUUGCGCUUUUUUGUAUAAAUAAUAACAAUAUUUAAGGUAAAACCUUACUUAUCUCAGUUCUAAGUGUACCUCUUUCAGUGUCUAUUAAAGAUAUUAAAAUUAUUAAAAAACUUAUAAAAACCUUUUUUAAGGAAAUUUACCUAAAAAAUAUCGCAAAUUUUGGUCAUUGUUUUGAUAUAUUUUGAAAGAAUAUGUCUUGAAAAAGGUUUUUAUAUUUUUUUAAUUAUUUGAAUAUAUUUAAUAGCCACUGAAAGAGGCAUACUUAGAACUGAAAUAAGUAAGGUUUUACCUUAAAAUAUUGUUAUUAUUUAUACAAAAAAAUGCAAUAAAUAAGCAAAGCUUGCUCUAAAAGUAUUUAGUAGCAAAAUUUUAAUUUAAUUUUCUUAAAAAAAUAAAUUUCUUUUUUAAGGAGCUCUGUUUAAUGUUUUUUUCGCUGAGCAAACGAUUUCGCAUUUUCAUGAGCUGAUAGUUUCGAAAUAUUAGAUCAUAUUAAAUUCUCUUAUAUAAGACAUAAAAUUUAAUAUAAAUAAGGCUCAAAAUAAAGCAUCGUUUCACUAUAUUAAUGUGUGUUGCAACGCAAAUCGGUGCAGAAAUUAUAUUAAUUUUUGCACAAAUAUAAAGGUCUUUUUAAGCAGGUUUUUGCAGCACCUAAUAAACCGUUAUCUCUUGAGAAAAAGAGAUGAAAUUCGUUUUUUACUGAGAUGACUUAAACCCAAUUUAGUGACAUAAUGAUUUAUUUUUUUUUAUUAAGAGAAGCGUUUAUUGAUUUUUUAAUAUAUUCAGAAUGGAAUUGCAAGCAAGGUAUAACGUCAGUUUGCUAUUAAGGAUCCCCCCCCUCAUUUGUCCAAUUUUCUAGUCUUUUAUCAUUUGCCCAUUUUUCUAGUCUUUUUUAUAGGAAAAAAAAUUUUUUUAGUACCUCAUUUCAAUUGUCCAAUUUUCUAGUCAAAAUUUUGAUAGAAAAAAAAUAUUUUUUCAGGACCUCGAUUGUCUCAUUUUCUAGUUUUUCAAGUAAAAAACUAAAAUUUAGGAGAUUCGAAAAAAAUCCAAAAAAGACUAGAAAAUGGGACAAAUCAUUUUUAACUAGAUUUUGGGACAAAUGAGGUCCUGAAAAUUUUUUUUAUCCUAUAAAAAAAAGACUAGAAAUUGGGACAAAUGAGGGGGGGAUCCUUAUAUGAAACUGUCAGAUCUUAUUUCUAGUACACACAAUUAAAAUGGCGAGCCAUCCGACCCGUCCUUCUCCUGUACCCUUAGGGACUACGGGGUUAAGAAGUAAACGGGGCCUGGAUAUUGUGUCCAGGGUGGGUUUUUUUACCUUGGUCGGGACACCACGACAAGGUUUUUUUUUACCUCUCACAAAGACAAGAAGACCAGAGCCGCAGAAUCAGGAGUCAAACUUCAGGACUAGAAGGAAAGUGAGGAAGCUUGUAGUGGAGCUUAGGGGACCUGAAGGAGAUUCCGGGAGGCUACUUUUCACCCUCCCCAGAAAGGACGGCGCCGGGUCACUAGACCCUGAUCAAGGAGUACCUGGGUGAGUCUCCCUGUUAGAUGGCGACGUCACCAUUUUUUGGUGACGUCGACAGAAAAUGGAGUGAGCUACAGAGCCGGUGCAUAGGGCGCAAGCCUGAAGCUGGCAGCGCUGGGUAGAGGCUGAAAUAAACCUCCGUGACCCGCUAAACUAAUUAAUCUAAUUAUUUCUAGUACAUAUAAGUUGCUUAUUUAAUAGACUUAACAGUAUCAUAGUUUAUAUAGCCAACAAGCUUUUUUCAUUAAGACAUAAAAAAAAAAAUUUUACCGUCAAAUUUAAUGGUUUUUUGCUCCUUAUUAUAAGUUACUUAUAGUACAUAAUGAUAUCUUAUUGAUCUGAAACACUGGCUCUUUUCUUUUAAUUACAUAUUGGUUUCUUAUAUUGUAUACAGCCCGUAUCUCUCAAAAGCCAAACGAGCCAUUUUUUGAUAUCAAGAACUAAUGAAGUUAGAGAUAAAAAUACAAUAAAUGAGGAGUUACUGAAAGAAAAAGAUGAACAAAUUGAAAUUCUUUCAGCUGAAAUCCAAGAUUUAAAGAAUGAAAUGAGAAAUAUGUGUGAUACAAAAUUUGAUCUGGAGCAGUCAUUUUGUGAAAUAGAAGCAUUGCAUUCAAAGUCUGAAUUUAACGACCAAAGCCCAUUCUUAGGAGAUACCACUCCUUCUAAAUCAGCUUUGAAAGAACAGCUCGAAGAAGAGAUGUCUAAAAAUGAGAAUUUAUUAAUGAAGAUCAAUGAGUUUGAAAAUUUGCUUGAAGCUAAAUCAGAAGUAGAAUUAGACAAAGAAAAAUUGAACGGUGACAAACAAGAAUUAAUAAAAGAACUGCAAAAAAAAUCUGAAAAAAUUGUCAAGCUUGAAUGCGAACUUGAUGAAUCAAAACAAAAUUAUAGAAAUUUGGAAUCAACUUGGAAAAAGGAAUUUAAUUAUUUAAAAGAUAUUUCAGUUAGUCUGGGGAAAAAUUUAGAGUUAGUUUCAGCUAGUUAUAAUCAAAUCUCUAAACUCCCUAUUCAAUAAUAUUUUUUAAUAUUUUCUUUUGGGACCAUUUACAGCUGUUUAUUUGUUUACAUACGAAAAAAUUUAUUAAUUUAAAGUACUUUAUAGGCCGUUAAAUUCAAUUCGUCAUCUUUCAAUCAAUUUUACUUCUUUAAAAUUGUUUUGAGUAGCCAGGUAGCUUUGAAAUUUCAGAAAAAAGCGCUUUGAAUUGAUAAAUCCUAUUUGCUUUAACAAAAAAGGAUAAAAUUGUCAAAGGCCUCUCAAAAAGCAAAGAAUAUUCCCCAAUUAAAAUUAAGCCCAUCUUGCGGACUAUAUAAAGAGGCCUUAAUUAUUAUAUUUUAAAUUGUAAAAACUCGGUAAAUAGUAAAAAUUAAUAAAAAAUUUUGGAGAAAAAAGACAUACGAGAGAUUUGCGCUAUGAAAUGAUGUAAGGAAAAAGCUGAACUAGUCAUAGAAAAGAAAUCAUUGGAAAGGAAAAUGACGAAGAUUGCCAAAAGAGCAAAAAUUGCAGAAGAAGAGCUUAAGAAAAUCAAAGAAUUGCAAAGUCUUUGCAAACAAGAAACUUCAAAGGAUAAAAUAAAAGUCAAAACUGUAGAAAUAGCAGCCAAAAACUUAUUGGAUCCAAAGUAUUUGCAUCAAAAGCCUGUUUUGAAAACCUCUUUGAAUGCACCUAUGAUGAAUUAUAACAUAAAAAAGACCAUAACAGGAGGCCAAGGAGUGGCCAGAAUAACAGGAGGCCCAGGAGUGGCCAGAAUGACAGGAGGGGGAGGUCCAGGAAUAACCAGAAGAUCAUUUGCAACUUUGCAAAUGCUGGAUGCUAUAAAGAAAGCAGAUAAAAGCAAAAAUGAUAGUUCGACUGAAAUUGAUCCCAAUGAUCUAUCAUCAUCAUCUUCUUCGGGAAAAGAAAAAUGCAUUGUAUUUUAG